CUUUGGAAUCGGAAACAAUAAUGGAGUUAUCAAGCUCUCUAGAUCCGAUAACGAGCAAGGUCAUCUCCAUUUUAGAAAAUGAAGCCUCGUUGUUGACAAAGAUUGGAGCUGAAAUCAAUGAAAUCAAGCUUGAGCUCAAGGCCAUUGCAGCUUUCCUUCAGGAUGCUGACAGAAGAACAGGAGUAGUAACCAUCAGUGAAACUGAUAAUCAAUGGGUCGCAAGCGUCAGAGACAUUGCCUAUGAAGUUGAAGAUGUCAUAGACGAAUUCAAGUACCACUUCAACAAGCAACAACAAUGGAGGGGUAAACCCUCAAGAUUUUUCUUGAAGCUUAUUCAUUUUCCCAAGAAUGUAUUGGUCAGGCAUGGAGUAGCUGUCAAGUUACAAAAUAUCAACAGAAGGAUCAAAAGCAUUGCAGAGAGAAGCCAUCGAUAUCGAGUUUCUUGGUCAGAAUCAGGAAAAUCUGAUGAAAAGCAGAUUGGAGUACAACAUCAUUGUAACAACUGGGUGAAAAAUCUGAGUGAAUCUUCUCUCUUUUUUAAGGAUGAUGGUCUUGUUGGAAUCAAUAAGGCACAAUGUGAAUUGUUGGGAUGGUUAAUGGAUCAAGAGCUCCAAAGGACCGUGAUUUCUGUUGUCGGGAUGGGCGGUUUAGGUAAAACAACUCUCGUUGCCAACACUUUCAACAAACAAGUUGUCGAGCAACAUUUCGAUUGUUGUGCAUGGGUUUCUGUCUCCCAACGAUAUGUUGUAAACGAGCUAUUCAAGUCCAUGAUCAAAGAGCUCUAUGACAAGGCAAAAGGAAAAACCGAUCGAGCGAUCAACCUCGACUCCAUGAGCUAUCGAGAUUUGGUGGGGGCACUGGUGGACUUCUUGGAGCCAAGGAGGUAUCUUAUUGUGAUAGAUGAUGUUUGGAACACCAAAUUCUGGCAAGAUAUUAGCGUAGCUCUUCCUGCCAAUAUGAAUGGAAGCCGAAUCUUGCUCACUACACGAAAGGAGGACGUUGCUUCCUUUGAAUUCGGAGUUGUGAAGCACAUCCUUCCGCUUCAACCCUUACCGUUUGAUGAUAGUCUGGCUCUUUUCUGUAAGAAAGCUUUUGUUGGCAAGGGCGGACAAUGCCCUCCAUAUCUUGUAUCUUCAGCAAGAAAGCUAGUUGCAAAAUGUGAAGGCUUGCCAUUAGCUAUAGUUGCUUUGGGUGGUUUGAUGGCUUCCAAGAACUCAAUUGCUGAAUGGAAUGGAGUUUACAAUAACCUGCACCGGGAGCUGAGCGAAAAUGAUGCAUAUUUUGAAAGGCUCAAGUACAUUUCAUUGCUUAGCUACCAUGAUUUGUCUUACAAACUCAAGCAAUGUUUCCUAUAUUGUUGCAUAUUCCCAGAAGACUAUGUGAUUAAACGUAAAAGACUUAUUAGACUAUGGAUGGCAGAAGGCUUUGUUGAACCACUGAGUGAAACAAGUCCAGAAGUUAUUGCAGAAGGAUACCUAAGCGAGUUGAUUUGCAGAGGCCUGCUUCAAGUUGUAAGGAGGAAUGAAUCAGGGAGGCCUGAAAAAUGUAAGAUGCACGACAUUUUGAGGGAGUUUGCUGUUUCCAUAUCGAAAUCCAUAAAGUUUUUCACCAAAUUUGAUGGGAAAGAAGAAGUAGAAGAUGAUGGAAUCCGUCGUUGGUCAAUUGAAGCAAAGGAGGGAGAGAUGAAAACUAAAAGAACGACUGCACUAUCUCGGGUUCGUUCAUUGCUUGUUUUUGCUGUUAGUGAAACCUCUAAAUCUUCCUUCAACAGACUGCCCUCUGGUUUUAAGUUGAUGAGAGUGUUGGAUUUAGAAGACACUCCAAUCCAUGAAUUACCAGAUGAAUUGGUGAACUUAUUCAACUUGAGAUAUCUUAACAUUACAGGAACUCAAGUCAAAGAGCUUCCGAAAAACAUUGGCAAGCUUUACAACUUACAGUCUCUAGUUAUGAAGCGGACCAAAAUCAAAGAGCUUCCUGCAGGAAUCGUGAGGCUGAAAUGUCUUCGGUAUCUAAUUGCUUAUCGUUACAAUGUAAACCAAUGGGCAUUCGACGCUUGGUUCAACACGGUAGUUCCAUCCGGCAUUUGUUUGCUAAACAACUUACAAGUCUUGACCGCUGUGGAAGCAAGAGGUGAUUUCAUCAGUCGACUCAGCAAAAUGACACAACUGAGAAAGCUUGACAUUGACAAUGUCAAGGAAGCUGACGAGGAAAAGUUGUGCUUCGCCGUUGCGAAAAUGAUACACCUCCGAUCGUUGGGGGUGAAGUCGUGUAAUGAAUACGAGCGAGUGAAGAUGGAUGCUCUUGAAUCAGCUCCCUCUGACAUCGAAAAUCUUGUUUUAGCCGGGAAAUUGGACAAGUUACCCAACUGGUUUAACUCGCUCCACAGCCUCACACAAUUGUCUCUACGCUGGUCUAGAUUGAGGGAUGAUUUUCUCCCUCAAAUCCAAACAUUGCCUAAUCUUGGAGAACUCAGACUACUAAAUGCAUACCAGGGACAGCGGUUAGACUUCCUUGAAGGAUUCCAAAAGCUCAAGAUUUUAAGAAUUGGAGGAUGCCCUGGAUUGAAAGAAAUUGUGAUCAAUGAAGGAGUGAUGCCUGGUCUUCAAGAGCUGUUUAUCGUUGAAUGUCGAGGGUUUACGAUGUUGCCGCAUGGUUGGAAAAGUUUGCGUGAUCUGAAACAGGUUUAUUUGUCAAACGUUUCGUCGGAGCUUAUUCAGAAAAUAUGGAGAUCAAAGAAGAUGGAUCAACGAACAAUCACAGGCAUCGUGUUGAGUAGGCAAGAAGACACUGAAACUGUAUUCAAUAUAACGAGAUGGCAUUGAUGAUUCCGGCAAAAUAAGACGAAUGCUUUC